CAUAAGGUCACUGAAAUCUUUCCAAACUAAGGUUAGUAACUGAUGUUAGAGAAAGAUCCGAUGUUCAACUAAGUUGGAUGGCAAUCUCCAAUUGUUAUAAAUUGUUUCAAAUGAUUUCAGUUAUUUGAUUGAAUCAACAAGAAGAUGGAAUCCACAGAUUCCCCGCUUUACACCACAGUACCAAGGUCAGUUGCAAAGAUAAACAGAGCUUAUGGAUGCGUAUAUUUUUGUGCAAUUCUGGGGCUUACAUAUUAUCGUAUCCAGUAUAUUCCAAGUGAAGGAUAUGUACCAUGGAUGCUGCUAUUUUGUGCGGAGCUAGGCUUGGCCUUCCAAUGGGUAUUAGAGAUGGCCUUCAGGUGGUGGCCUGUGGAUCGAUUUACCUACCCAGAAAGACUUUCUAAAUGGUUUGAGAGGGAGCUACCUCCCAUUGAUGUAUUUGUAUGCACGGCUGACCCUGUUAAAGAACCUCCAGUAGAUGUGUCAAACACUGUAUUGUCUACUCUGGCUUUUAACUAUCCAGUAGAAAAAUUGACAUGUUAUGUAUCGGAUGAUGGAGGAUCCCCACUUACCUUUUAUGCUCUGUUAGAAGCUUCACGUUUUGCAAAGAGUUGGGUUCCUUUUUGCCACAAGUAUUCCAUUCAGCAGAGAUGCCCAGAAGCAUAUUUUUCGCAAUAUUAUGUGAAUGAAAAUGAUAACUUGUCCUUCACUGCAGAAUGGGAAAAUGUCAAGAAAUUGUACGAGGAGAUGAAAUAUUGUAUAAAUAGCACUGUGGAGAAAGGCACUGUUCCAGAAGAGAAAUGCAAAGAACACAGUGGCUUCAAAGAAUGGAAACCGGAGAUGACUUCACGAAACCACCCGAGUAUAGUUCAGGUUUUGCUAGAAAGGGGCAAUGAUUUGCCUAGACUUGUGUAUGUGUCCCGUGAAAAGCGACCUGGACACCCCCAUAACUUUAAGGCCGGUGCUCUUAAUGUUCUGAUUAGAGUCUCUGCUCUAAUGAGCAAUGCUCCUUUCAUUCUUACUCUGGACUGUGACAUGUACGCCAACAACUGUGAAGCCCUUCGAGAAGCCAUGUGCUUUUUCAUGGACUCUCGAACUGGGCACCAGUUUGCCUAUGUCCAGUUUCCUCAAAGGUUUCAGGGCAUUACCAAAAACGAUCUGUACAGCAAUUAUCUCAGGAAGAUUUUUGAUAUACUUUAUAAAGGAAUGGAUGGAAUUCAAGGAUCGUCGUACGUGGGUACCGGAUGCAUUCUCCGCAGGGAUGUCUUAUGUGGAAUUGAGCGACAACAGAGUUCUUCAAAUUUAAUGAAAGAGCUUAUUAGUUCAUCAUCAAUUUUAAGCAUGGAGAAAGCACCUCCAUCUAAGCGAUUGGACGAGGCAAAAGGGCUUGCCAAUUGCGGCUAUGAGAAGAACACCCAAUGGGGGAAAAAGGUCGGCAUGCUCUACGAUUGUGCAGUGGAAGAUGUUUUGACAGGGUUUUCUAUACACUGCAGAGGAUGGAAAUCUGUUUUUUACUCUCCCAAAAGAUAUGCUUUUGUGGGGUGUGCACCUGUUAAUCUGAAUGAUACUCUGAUCCAAAAUAAAAGAUGGGCAACGGGUUUAUUGGAGAUAUUUGUUAGCAAAUUUUCUCCAGUCAGUUAUGGUAUUCGCCAUACAAAACUAGCACAGAACAUGUGUUACAGCUAUUACUUUCUAUGGGCUCCAUCUUCAUUACCUUUAAUCUGCUACGGCUUAGUGCCAGCCUUGUGUAUGGUCACCGGCCUAUCGGUAUUUCCUCAGAUUUCAGAUCCAUGGUUUCUCCUCUUUCUAUUUUUACCAGCAUCUGCAUAUGCAUACAGUGCUUUAGAGUUUAUAUAUGUGGGAGGAGGCUCUUUAAAAUCUUGGUGGAAUGAUCAAAGGAUGUGGAUGAUAAAAGGCGUGUCGUCCUAUCUGUUUGGGCUCAUUCAAGUGGUCUGUAAAUUACUUGGAAUAUCCAAAGUGGGUUUUGAGGUGACAAGCAAAGUGUUUGAUAGCGAAGCAUCCAAAAGAUAUGAGGCGGAGAUUUUUGAGUUUGGGGUUUCCUCUGCGCUGUUUAUACCUUUUUCUGUCAUAGCACUGAUAAACCUCAUGGCAUUAGUAUGUGGGAUUGCAGGUGUGAUGAGAGAAGGUUAUUCAGCCAUGGCGAGUAUGUUUGUGCAGGUGAUGAUGUCAAGCUUCAUAGUAAUUAAUAGCUAUCCGAUAUAUGACGGUCUGUGGGUAAGGAAAGACAGGGGAAGCAUGCCCACGUUCAUCACUGUAUUCUCUCCACUGGCUGCGGCACUUGCCUGUUCUACGGUUUCUGCCAUAUCCUGGAAUUAUAAAAUUUUGAUAUAAAAAAAUAUGGCUUACGAAGUUUAAGAUAAGAUUUUACCGGUGAGCAAGAAUAGCAAAUUUUAAAAUAUAUGGUAUGGGACUGCCAAAGCACGGCUUGAAGAUAAUUGGCGAGUCAAUCAUCCGUUGGGGUAAUAAGCCUGCGAAUUAAGAUAGGCUUUUUAAUUCGACAAAUAUAGUGUUAGCAAUCUACAUACUAUUCAUUGUUUAUAUGAAUAUCACUUUAUUUAAAUAUCACAGUGAAACCGUUAAUAUCGGAUUAAUAUUCUGUUUUUAUUUUA